GGGGAGGUACAGCAGAAAUCGUCUGACAGUGAAACAUUAAAAAAAGAUCUCUGAGGCCUUGCAGAGGGGUCUUGUUUCAUGCAAGGAGAAUUGCUUUGAUGUUGUGCUCAUCCUAUUAAACCAGGAACUGCCCAAGAAGUAGAGGAAUAGAUCUUAGUCAUCUGGAUUUAAGAAGAACCAUGUCUCUUCCCCGACAGCUGCGAGAAAAGAGUGAUUUUGACCAGCUUCCAGAUGAUGUACCUGUUUCAGCUAAUAUUGCAGAUAUUGAAGAGAAGAAAGGCUUUACUAAUUACUAUAUGUUUGUUAUUGAAGUAAAGCUUAAAGGUGGUGGCAGAUACCUAAUUUUCCGGCGCUAUCGUGAGUUCUAUGCCCUGCACACCAAACUAGAGGAGAGAUAUGGUCCAGAGAGCAAUAACAGCCCAUUUACCUGCACACUCCCUGUACUGCCAGGAAAAGUUUUUGUUGGUGCCAAAAAGGAAAUUGCCGAGAACAGGAUUCCUAUCUUAAAUGUCUACAUGAAGAACCUGCUCUGCCUCCCUGCUUGGGUGUUGAUGGAUGAGGACGUACGGCUGUUCUUCUACCACUCAACUUUUGAUGGUGAGCAGGUGCCUCACAGACUGAGACGGCUUCGCCCACGGACACGCCGAGUUAAGAGCAUUUCAGAUCAAGUGCCUGUUUUUGACCGCACCGCAGCUCCGCGGGCUGAGGCACUGUUUGAUUUUCCUGGAACCAAUAAACUGGAACUCAGCUUCAAGAAGGGAGAUUUGAUCUAUCUACUCAGCAAAGUAAACAAAGACUGGUUGGAGGGAACUGCUGAUGGUGCCACUGGGAUUUUCCCAUCUGCUUUUGUGAAGAUCAUAAAAGAUCUACCACAGCAGGAAGACACAGUUAAUAAAGUUCGCUGUUAUUAUUAUGAUGAGACAGUGAGCACUAUCAGGGAUAUCUCAGUGGAAGAGGAUCUAAGCAGCAUUCCAUCUUUCAAAGAUCUAAUGGAAUUGAUGAGGAAGGAGUUUAACCGAGAUGACAUUGCUUUGAAUUACCGGGACCCUGAUGGUGAUCUGAUCCGCUUGCUCUCUGAUCAGGAUGUUGAACUCAUGGUGUCUCAGAGCAGAAGAAGUCCCUCUGAGAAGUACUUUUUCCCUUGGAAGUUGCACAUCACUCACAAAGAUGAUUUGAGUGUCUACAACACUAGUCCAGGAACAGGUGCUACUCAAACAGUAGGAGCAAUAUAAGUGCUAUAUAGAUAUCCCUCUCUGCAGGCAGUUUCCUUCAACAUGUCUUUGAAGUGUCCUUGAAAUGAGUAAAUUUUAGUAAUAUAUUACCUUUUAGUGUAAAAUCUGUACUUGUUAACUUCUUCAGCUUUUAGCACUGAUCUGCAAGAGAGACAUCUACAUAGAAACCAGAGAAGGUGAGGAAUAGAAAAAUAAAAUCACAGACCAUGUUUACAAAGCAAGUCAGUGUUAGCCUGCAGUAGAGGCCCCCUAGCCCUCAGACCUGUUCUAGUCUCUGUUCUCACUCCCAAGGCUCAUUAUUUGUCCAGAAUGUCUUUAUAAGCUUUUCUUUUUUUCCUAGACUCCAAUGAAUUUCUCUCCAUUUGCUGAUCUGAAGGUUUCUGUGCCAGUGUGUAAUUAUUUCUCUCAUGUUGGAGUCUGACUGGGUGUUCAGUUUGUCCUAGGAGCAUCAAGAAAACUUUUUUGGAUUUCAGUGAAGAAAUUGCAUCCCGUCUUAGCUUUCUUCUUUUCCACUGACCAGUAUAUUGAAUUCUGUGAAGCAAACCUAGUACACCUGUGGUGUUCCUUAUAGACAUUUACAUAAUUGUACAAUCUACUUAUUUUCAUGUUCUGGGAAAAUGUGUAGGAUAUAUAUUCAAAAAGCAAAUUCUUCCCUAUCUUCUGCUUUCUGACACUGCAUUUCAAAGUGGAACUAACAAGAAAUUAUGUGAUCGGGAUACGCAAAGCAAUCACACGGAGACGAGAUAUUUCACAGGGCAGAGUGUUCCUCCGAGAGAGCUCUAAGCCUGAGCAGAGGCCCAGAGCCCCUCUGCCUGUUUAUUUCUUACUUUUUAUACAUUUGUGGGUCUGGCUGUGGAUUGGCUUCUGGAGUUUUCACCUUCCAGCUAAAUGGCCAGACCAACUGUCAGUUACAAUUGUUUUCAGGUUAGAAAUAUGCAAACAAAGGACAGGGAAUGAAAAACAAAGGAUUUGUUUAU